AUGUUGCCAAUUAUUUUAACAUAUUCCGUUGCGCAAAUGACUGACUAUGUAAGAGUUUCCAAUGAAGCUACUCAAACUCUACUUCCAAGGAUUCCUGGAGAUAUCUUUUUGAAUACAUAUUUGAUUAAUUACGGAAAAAUAAAUGAAUUAAGGGAUAGAAAUGUUAUAGAAAAAGAUGCAGUUAGUGCAGAUUACGGGAAACGAAAUAAAAAGUUGCAUUAUAAAUCUGAUAACUCGAUGGAUCCUGGACUGGAGAAAAGCGUUCCUAAUAUUGAAAUCGAUAUUAAGGAAUUGCGGAAAAAUAACUUUAGGCCAAAUCUUCAACAACCUACUCUUUUAUCAUGGAAUUUUGAAUAUGGGGACUUGGCUGCUGAUAAUAACUCGAAAAAAUUUGUGCCGUAUGCUAUUCAAGCUAAUCAUUCACCCCGGAGUUUUAUUUCCCCGCAACAAGAAAGUAGUAUUUACCACGGUAAUGAUCGUUAUUAUAUUGAAAAAGAUUGCGAAUUGUUUUUGCUUUCCAUUGACGAACUUUUACAAGAAAUUAAUAGAUUGGUGGACAUAAUUGAGGAUAAUCCAUCUGAAAAUAAAUAUUACAAUAAAAGCACAACAGAAUCGAUCCACUUUAAAUAUAAACCAUUGUUUAUACCGUCCGAAAAAUGGUUACCAAUCAUUAUCAAGGAAGAAAAGCAGUUGCAAGAUAUGAUGAAAGAAAUGAAUAUCUGAAACCUGCAUAUGCAAAAGUUUAUCAAUGUCAACUAUAUUAUUAAAUAUAACGGUUCCCCACAAAUACUAGUAUAUAAUGUAUUAAUAUA